UUUUUUUGAAAAAAACAGAGAGAGUUAUCCCACCUUUACGGCGCUUUUAUUUUCCGGUUUUUCCGCCACCUGAAUUGUUAUUUUUUUUUCUUUUUCUUUUUCCUUUUCUUUCCUUCCUAUUUUAUUCAAAUCAACAUGGCAACUUUGGUGGCUUCAAACACUUGCGCUUCUUUAGAGUGCAGCAAUUUUGCCAAACUUCAAUGUCCAACAUGUGUCAAACAAAAUAUUGCAGAAGGAUCUUUUUUCUGUUCUCAAGAUUGCUUUAAAAAGACUUGGGGCGUUCAUAAAUCAAAACAUGCUUCCACAAAGAAAUUAUAUGAUCCUUUCCCAACAUUUAGUUAUACUGGUCCUCUUCGAGCUGUAUAUCCUUUGUCUGCUCGUAGAGUUGUGCCUGACUCUAUUCAAAAACCUGACUAUCAUAUUACUGGUAUACCCAAAUCCGAAUUUAAGUCUCGUGGUGCUGCUAUUCAAGUCUGUAACGAAGAAGAAAUCAAAGCUAUGCGUGAAGCUUGUCGAAUCACUCGUGAAGUCCUGGAAAUUGCUGCCAAAGCCGUCCGUGUUGGCAUUACUACUGAUGAAAUUGAUCGUAUUGUGCAUGAAGCCACUAUUGAACGGGGUGCUUAUCCUUCUCCAUUGAACUACAAUUAUUUCCCAAAAUCAUGUUGCACUUCAAUAAACGAAGUUAUUUGUCAUGGUAUACCAGAUCAACGACCUUUAGAAGAUGGUGAUAUCUUGAACAUUGAUGUUAGUUGUUUCUACAAAGGAUUCCAUGGUGACAGUAAUGGAACAUACUUGGUGGGCAAUGUGGAUGAUGUUGGCAAGAAAUUAGUACAAACCACCAAAGAAUGUUUGGAAAUGGCUAUUGCUGCUGUGAAACCUGGUGCCCGGUAUCGCGAUUUUGGUAAAAUUAUUGAAGAUCAUGCAACAAAGAACGGAUUUUCUGUGGUACGAGCUUUCUGUGGUCAUGGCAUUAAUCAAUUAUUCCAUUGUGCUCCUAAUGUUCAUCAUUAUGCAAAUAACAAGGCUAUUGGUAUCGUUAGACCUGGUCAUAUUUUUACCAUUGAGCCUAUGAUUUGUGAAGGUGUAUAUCAAGAACGUCUCUGGCCUGAUAAUUGGACAGCAGCCACCAAAGAUGGUAAACGAUCAGCUCAAUUCGAACAUACUUUAUUGGUAACUGAAACUGGUGUGGAAAUUCUUACUUGAUCCUUUAGUUGUUAGUUUGAUUUGGAGUUUUUUUUUAUCAUCAUCGUCGUUUAUUUAUGGUUAUGCACAGAAGAAAAAGGGACUUUCUAUUGACAUUCUAGUUAUCUUUUUUUUUUCUUUUUGGACAAUAAACUCAAUUGUGUAUGGAUUCACAGCAUCAAUUCAAAAAAA